AUGUUGAGGGUUGCAGCAAAGAGGUUGUCUUCUCUAUCUCUGCCGUCGCCAUGGAGACCCAACCAGGCAGCCUCGGUCCUACUUCACUGUGAUUUAUUCUUUAACGUUGGUUAUUCCUCGUCAUCUGAUCAGCCUAGAUCUGACGGCAUCGUCUACUCCCCCUUUUUCUCCAAACCUGGCUUAUUUAACAUACCUUUAAGAGGUUUUGCUUUCGAGUCUCUCACCCCAACAAAGGAAAACAGCAUAGUCCUAGAUGUUCCUACAACUGUGGUAGCUGUUAUGAACCCUACUUCAAAGAUAGUUUAUGACGAGUACAACCAUGAACAUUUCCCUCUAAGUGACCUCAGCAAGCAGGCAUUUGCCUAUUUUGUUUUGACUUGUGGUAGGUUUGUUUAUGCCUCGUUGAUUCGCCUCCUUAUCCUCAAGUUUGUGUUGAGCAUGCCAGCCAGUAAGGAGGUUCUUGCACUAGCCUCGCUUGAGGUUGAUCUCUCCAGUAUUGAGUUGGGCUCUACUAUGACUGUUAAGUGGCGUGGAAAGCCAGUCUUCAUCAGGCGUCAAACUGAGGAUGAUAUAAAGCUAGCAAAUAGUGUUGAUGUUAGAGCUCUUCGAGACCCACAACCGAACUCAGAGAGGGUUAAGAAUCUCGAGUGGCUUAUCUUCAUUGGAGUCUGCUCACAUCUGGGUUGCAUUCCCUUGCCAAAUGAUGGUGACUUUGGUGGAUGGUUCUGCCCAUGCCAUGGUUCCCAUUAUGACAUCUCUGGCAGGAUUUGCAAGGGGCCAUCACCAUACAAUUUGGAGGUCCCAACAUACACCUUUUUUGAAGAGAACAAGUUAAUGAUUGUUUGA